AUGCGAUUUUCAUCCUUCUCUCUCGCCUUUCUUGCCUCACACUUUGCGAAAGGUGAUUUCAUACUUCCUCAGCCAACGAGUCAUAUUUCUACUGGCUUUCCAACUCAGAUAUCCUGGUCUACCGAUCUAGUCACUGGCCCAGUCUCUUUAUUUCUUGUUCCAGCAGGGGUGCAGGAUGUUAGCGCUUCUAUAGUUACUAUUGGGACUCAAAUUCCAAAUGAUGGGAUGUAUCAAUGGGUUCCACGCGACACGCCAAAUACAGCGGAAUUAUAUUUCUCUAUACUCAUGGUUGAUUCCAAGAAUUUUGAUACAGUAUCUGGUACCUUUCUCAUGGUUGGUCAACAAUCUUUCCAACCAGGUAGCGAACUUCGCAGAAGAGUCAAUAGCGAUACAAAAUCGUCAUAUAGUGGCAAGAAUGAAGGGUACAAAAAAUCCAAUUCAACGGAAACGAAAACGACAAAGUCAGAGAGUAAAGAAGCUUCGAAGUCUGUGGUCCUGGAGACUAGUUCGUCGGCUUGCAGUGCUGUAGUUACAGAGACUAGAUAUCUGUAUGUGAGCGCUAGGAACGGGGCCAAUACUAAGACGAAAAGCUCAAACGGAUCGGAAUCAACCGGCACUUCGGCGUCUUUGGCCUUUUAUCUUGAUAGAAAGUCUACAGAUAUCUCCGGUUCGUCUGAGCUUAUGAGCCUGGGUUCCAAAAGGUCUUCCUCGUCUAAUAGCACAUCCAGCUCAAAGCCGACGUUCCAAAAUUCUGGUUUGAAACAUAACUAUGGAUUAAAUUCUUCAUCUUCUUCGUCUUCUGAAGCUGGAUCCAAGAAAAGCUACGACUCACAAUACUCGUCUGAUUCUAGCUCCGGGAAAGGCUCUGGCUCGAAACACUUAGCAUCUAAUUCCAACUCGAAAGGCAACUCCGGCUCAGAGUCCUCAUCCUCUGGACAUGAAUCAAAAGGAACUAAAGAGUCAUCAGGCUAUGAAUCUGGGUCUAAAGAAAGCAAUGAAUAUGGACAUGAGCAUGGACACGGAUCUAGCUCUAAUCCUAACUCCGGUCAUGAAUCCAACUCUACAUUGGAACAUACCUCUACACAAACUGAUUGUACAUUCGUAACUUCCACAACUAUCAUAUAUGUGUCGUCUAAUAUAAAUACUCACACUCAAGAGACCAAGACAUACACAUCAAACAUCGAUAAGACCACCUUGAUACAGACCAAUACAAUCAUCAACACCGCCUCCGAAUCCCUCUUCUCCAUCUCCAUCUCCGCGACUCUGGCAUCGACCUCUAUCUUGGUAUCCACCUCCACAUUGGCAGUCUCGACAAUUUCCCUCGCUAGUAUAUCAACAACAGCAACAAGUAUGGUUCAAACAACCCAAGUCUCUCAUGUCUCCGAGAUUUCUCAAAUCUUGAGCUUCGCGAGUUCCGAGCCUAUUCAAUCCAUUCCAUUCUUCUCCGCCUCCAUCAGCAUUCCCUCCAUCACCCAAGCUACAACUCCACCCUCCGUGCUCACUUCCCCAGAAACCACAGCUGAAACCAGCUUUCCCAGCAUCCAUACCACCAACAAAUCCAUCCAAUACAAAUUCACUCACUCCAUCCCCACCCCAUCCCCAUCCCUCUCCCCUCAAACCGAAACCGCAGCCGCAACCGUCCCCGAAUCUCAAAUCCAAACCUCCCUACCUCCCGUAACUCUCACGACACUUUCUAUCUCCACCACUUCAUCUGCGGUAUACAAUCUCACGAUUCAAAGUGCAACGGGAACUGCGCUGCCUGUCUUUACUGGUGGUGGGGGUUUGCGUUAUGGGGUUCGAAAGGGGGAUUAG